AUGCAGUUUGGUGCCGUUAGAUCUACACAAGGAUGGAACGGUUCUACCGUUGCAUUUCUUGGACACUUUACGAUGCUGAAACCACGUCGAGCUGUUGUCUGGCCGGAUGGGGCAACCUGGGCGAAUCACAGGAGAGGUUAUAGGAACCGAGAUGGUGAGCGAGGAGAUCAUGUUGCUGCGGCUCUGUCCAACGACGCUGCUGUACUGGUGGAGAAAGGUGGCACCAGCGUUGUGAAUGAUAGGCGUACAGCAGGAACUGUCAAGACUGCAGAGGUGAAACUGCAUACAUUACUCACACGACCAAGAGACGCUGCGAUACGGUCGUCGGGCCAAGGUGGAGCGGGUCGUGAGAUGGGGUGGCAUACCACAGUACUUACUGCUGUACAAGCUCCCCUGUUCAUAUGUAUUCAUGUCCCAGACGCGCAAACAGGCAACGGCGCGCGCUGGCACUUUGUAAGGGUGUUGGAUGGCGGCAGCGGCUCUGCGAUUGACCGGCUUCCAUCGUCCGCUCCAAGCUGGUUCUUUCACUCUGCAACACGUCCAUCCAGAGUGUGUCGCGACCAAGACGACACCGACGACCACGACGAAGGCGACAGUGCCCACGGCGAACUCGUCGACCGCCUCUCUUCCUCAGCUGCACCAACGCACGCCGGGGGCCCACUGCGUCGUGUCGAUUCGACUCUUCUCUCUCUGCGCCGCUUCCCAGGCAUAGGCGCAUCGCCGGCCCAGUCGCUCCCUCAGGCGCUUAGUCGAGGAUCUGCAUGUCUGUCUGACGACAGACAGCGUACGGGCAAUCGCCACCUGUCUACCACUUCCUGCUUGACCAUGUACACCCUUUCGCCUACCAUGGAAUCUGGUAACAGCUUCGCUGGAACCUGUCUACACGCUCCAUACCCCGCUGCCCCAUCGCACACUACACAAUUCGAAACCGCGCAUCUGUCUGCCAUGUCCGCCCCGUCCACCCUGCUACAGCAAGCUGACAGUCCGACGUUAAAAAGGGCUUUUUCUACUCCUAAUUCUUCCUUCCCUUCCAAGAAGCCCCAGCAGUCCUUCACCCACUGCCCCGAUCGACCCUCGACCUCGCCGCCAACUCAGCGUAGACCUAGUAAUACCGGCACCCGCUGCCCUAGAUUGGCACCGCCCACCAAGACUCGGAAACCCAGCAUGGUUCAGACGAGUGCGCGAUCCUUCAUGCCGAUGCCCUCUUUCGGCGCAGUCUUCGGAGGAGAGAUUCACAAUACUGGGCUCCAGCAUCUCGCAGACGCAAAUGGCGGCAAUGUAGCACUGCCUGCUUCGAGCGGGAACACAACCACGGGCGCACCCUUUUCUUCCUUCCACAUGCACCGCGACAGCCGGGACAGCAACUCGACAGCCUCCUCGGACAACUCACCAACCACCACCAUCUCCACGAUGGACUCAUCAUCCGUUACCGACCCGUCACCUGGCGUUUCGCCAGAGUCUCCUCUGGCCAAGACGGCUGCGCCUUCGUCCUUCGUCGCAGACUUCAGGUCAAGACGAACAGAACCCAGUCCUGGAGACUCGUCUCCCAACAACUUCUUUGAGUUGCAGAGGCCCACGACACCUGCAAAGAAGCCGCGGAAUCUGAAGAACCUGGGUAUCAAUACGACCUCUUCACUCAGCAACCUACGUGCACAAACACCAGCUCCCAUAGUAGUGCCCCCCAAGGAGAGAAACAGCUCGGCCCCACCUUCUCCCCUCUUCAUUAAGCCUCCCACACCGCCUAAGCGACGGCCCUCGAAUCUGAGUUUGACGAUAUCGACACCCGGCAGUACUGAAAACAAACCAGUACGGCUUGUCAUUCCUUCCACGCCAUCCUUUAACCGCCCAGCACUGCGCCAUUUCCAGUCAUCUCCUUCCUUGCCACUAUAUUCGCAGAGUACGCUCCCAAUGGGUGGAAUGCAACUACCUCCUCUGCGUCCUAUCGUGACCAACCCCAGUGGUCUGUCCGAGGUCCCUUUCGAAAUGGAAGAAGAGGAAGACCAAGAGCAAAACUUCGACAUUCCUCAAUCUCGAGAAGAGAAGCCUGCGGCGUACCCCAACGGACCCAUUUGUAUAUACGAGUCUGGAGUAUACCUCUACUUCGAGCCCACCGUGGAGCAGGCUACCACUUUCGAUGUCAUCAUCAACGUCGCUAGCGAAGUGAAGAAUCCGUUCCUCUCGCCCGCAACAGACUCGCAAAAGGAUAUUGAUGCUCGGCGUGUGGAUGGGCCGCCAGCCGAGAGUGUCGACUUUGCUACCCUUUCACACCGACCAAAACCUACAACCACCGGCAGGCAAGACAGCUCCCCAACCACACCCAAGGCCGCGCCUACCAUGCACAUUGUGCCGCCACGUGACGUGACCAUCGAUGGCAAGACAUACAAAACACCAGAGUAUAUCCACAUGCCAUGGGAGCACAAUACAGACAUCGUGCCUGAUUUAUAUAAACUGGUGAAGAUGAUGGACGACAACGUUCAGCAAGGAAAGCGUGUUCUUAUUCACUGUCAAUGUGGUGUCAGUCGCUCGGCCAGUUUGAUUGUUGCUUACGGGCUGUACAAGGAUCCGCAAAUGAGUGUACAAGAAGCAUACGACCGGGCCAAGAAACGCAGUAAAUGGAUCGGACCGAACAUGAACCUUAUCAUGCAACUCCAAGAGUUCCGCAAUGGUCUAUUGAGGCAGAACGAAAGCCGCUCAUACCAUAACCAAGGAUUCGGUCGGCGGUCUGGCGGCCUCUCUACUGGUGGGGCCAACAGGUACUCGCCUUUCGAUAGGGAGACUUCGUCGGGACCACGUACUCCUCAGACAGCUCCAUUGCCCCCAGAUUGCGACAUCAGCAUGCAACGAGCCAGCACAGGCAACAUCAUGGCCAUAUCACCAGGUCCUCUGUCAGCACCGACUGGUACCUUUGCCCCUGGGUUCCGUCGGUCGUGGGACUCUAGUCAAACCCACUUUGGCCUUUCGUCGCAACCUACGUCGCAACCUAGUCCUACCACAACACCAUAUGUGGAUCCAAAGGGUCAUAUUGUACCUGUGCUCUCAAUAAUCGAUGAUGAUCUGUCACCCGCGCAAUCACAGGUGGUUCACACGAGCGAGGUCGCACAACCUGAGCAGAAGGUGAUGCUGCAACUCCCCUCGGCUCCCAACUUUUCUCGUCAGCUUCCACUCAGGACGCUUGAGAACCACACUGAGGCAUCGUUACCUAGCUCACGAGAAGUCCAUCUAGGACCACCACCGCCGAUGAACUUCAGCGCGUUGAAAUCACCUGCCGUAGCUAGGUUCAAUCUUUCAUCCUUCGCACCCAGAGAACAGUCUGUGGAGCCAGAUAUAAUGUCUCCGGUCAAGACGUCGUUCGACAUCGAUCCCUGGCCACAAGGUUACGACCUGGAUUCGCAGCCAUCUGAGCCACCUUAUAGGGGACGUGACAUCCCGGCACCGCUUCCACUCCUGUCACCCAGGUCUACUGAGUUCCAUAUGACCAGUCUAAGCACUAGUGGAAUUGAUGAAUCCUACGGCCUUUUAUCGCCUCGUGCUACUUCCUUCGAGCAGAGCGGAUCAGGUCAGCCACAAAACUCCACCAUUGAUGAUCUAGACCUCGAACCCGAGAUCACGUCUCCCGUUGCAACACACUUUCCGAAAGACAUCUUUGGUAGCGCAGAUGAUGUGCUAGACGAUGAGUUGAAAUCCCCGCGAGCUAUGGAAUUCCACAUGACGCCCCUGAAACCAAGAAUAGCAGACGACGAUCCAUUUGGUCUGACCUCUCCAACCAGAGCAGAAUUCCCUGGCAAUCCAUUCGAUAAACCUAGUUUAGCAGCAUUUAAGGACGAUGAAGGCCGCCGUCCUUCUUUCCAGGCCAUUAUGCCCCCUUCGCAUCAGACUUUCAAUGGAUUUGCUUCCCUUGACGGCACAGCCCAGACGCAAUCAUUUUUCCAGCCAUCCGUCUCACUGUCUGCUCUGAACACCAAGCAAAAUCCUGAAGUCCAGUCACGUAUUGACAGCUUGAGCUCCCCCCAUGAGACACAAAUUAGUGUCCCCAUGGAGCCCCACGUGCCUGGCUUGGAAACGUCGCCAAAAGUGGUUGAAACGCCCCGGGCCCCCGACCAUGCCUUUCUAUCCACCCCAGCCAAAGCUAUCCGAACGAGGUUCUCUUCACCCAAUAUGCGUGAGCAAAGGAAAUUGCACAAGCUGCAGACAGAAAUCGAAUCCAAGCUGCCAAAACCUCCAGUUGCUCAGCACGCUGUAGAUGAUAUCGAUGCCCUGAUGUCUCCUCGUGCGGAAGAGUUUACUAGAAAUCCUUUCCACGUCGAUCUCAAUUCCACUGGCGAUGACACGAGCCCAGCUUCUUCAAAUGAAACCAUCAAGGAUGGACGUAAUGGGCAUGAUUGGAAUGAGCCACCGCCACGGCAAUGGACACCCGAAAAGGCUACUGUCGAUCCUCGGAGCCCUGUUCAAACUGGAAGCAACCCCAUCGUACGAAACAUUUGGGACGUACUGUGA